CAAGGAAGACAUACGUGUGUCGCAGAGAUGGAUUUUCGAUCGAUACUAAGGAGGUGAGAAGAGGGAAUGAGGAAGGAAAAACUGGCGGGUUUCACUUGGUUUACUGUGCUUUGUUUUCUGUGUCCCAGGAGGGUGUGGGUGCUCAUGAGGAGGCCGAGGGCGGCGCAGAGUGGUUGGGGAUGGAGCCCAGUCAGGACAAGGUAUCAUGCAACACACACACAGGGACAGACAGGCAGACAGACAGACACACCCACACACACAUGAACACUCCUCGGUGUGGUUGUCUCGUGCGGUGUUCAGGGCUAUUCGGUCGUCCCCGCCCCAGGCGCGUCGCAGCCGGCAUUCCAACACCCACUCCCACUCCCGCCUGCACACACACAUCACGACGCCGUCAUGUGACGACGUGAUCUGAUUGUUGCCGAUCGCGCACACACACGCACACACGCACUGGUUGAUGGAGAGCAAUUAAUAUUCACGGUGGGGUCUCUGUCAUGGAUAGCUGGCCAGUCGUUGCUUGCUUGAUGGUCUGCAAGCGCCGCUUGUUGUAUGGUGCUGCGUCUCUCUCUCUCUCUCUCUGUGUGUGUGUGUGUGUGUGUGUCUGUGUGUGUGUGUGUGUGUCUGUUAGUCUCUCUCUGUGUGUGUGUGUGUGUCUAUGUGUGUGUGUUUGUGUGUGUGUGUGUAUUGUGCAUUGAGACAGCCGGCCUGCCUGCCCAGCUGCUGCUGUUGACGUGACUAAAUGUUAAUGUACCAUUCCUUGAG